UCUGCAAACCUGACCAUCAGACUGUGCAACACGCUGACUAGGGGGUCACCACAACUUCUGAAGAGACCCAGGUUCCUAGAGAACCACGAAUCCAUCAGCGGGAGCCGAAGAACCCAGGACGCCGUGGUGCUCGUCGGUGGCCUGACACCCAUGAGACAGAAGACCUGCAAGCCUCUAAGCUUCAGAAGGAUUUCCUAACUCAUCAUCUAAACCAACCUCACAAUGAAGGCAUUCAGCAUUGCAGUUGCAGUGACACUCGUGCUCGCCUUUGUUUGCAUGCAGGACAGCUCUGCCGUCCCGUUCCAAGGGGUGCAGGAGCUGGAGGAGGCCGGGGGCAAUGACACUCCAGUUGCGGAACAUCAAGUGAUGUCAAUGGAAUCGUGGAUGGAUGUUCCCAGCAGGCAGAAGCGCCACAUCAGCCACAUCUCCUUGUGCCGCUGGUGCUGCAACUGCUGCAAGGGCAACAAGGGCUGUGGCUUCUGCUGCAAGUUCUGAGGAUUCCCGCAACAACCUCACGAUGUAUUAAUUUAUUACACUUCAUGUCGAGAAAUGUCCUUUUUCUUGACCUCUUUUUGUAAUUUUGUAUAAUCUUUAAAAAAACAAAACGGGGUACGAUUCAUGGAAAAAUCCCUUUGCAUAAAUAAAGAGCUGCUCUGUGUAUUUAUUGUGCAUGUUUGUAAUCCUGUCACCCCCGAAACUCUUUUUGUAAACUGAAUGAGGCGUCGGCCCAGAUGUGGCUGUGUGUUUCUUUAUCUAAAUUAAAUCUGUUAAUAAAGGAUGAAAA